UACAGACGAUCUCUGCUCCCGUGGUCCACCCUCCGGUCCGUUAGCUGACGCUGUUGUUCCACAGUCCCACGCUCACCGGCGUCAACACAGAGGAAACAGGAACAUACGGAUCGCUUCAUCAGGGGUUUUAAGCAGAAAUCACUGUGGUCUUCUGGAGAACAGGGAAGAAGAUCCUCUGGUAUAGCUGCUGGGGAUUUGUCACUGUGAGGACCAGCUCCGAGCUGCGUGGAGACGCUCGGUCAAGCCCGGUAACAAACUCACGGCUGUUUGGCCGGAACGAGACGAGAAGCAGAAGAUGGAGACCCCAGUGUGAACUAAGUUUGUUUUAACAAAACUCUGCUGAAGAAGUGAAGCUCGGAAACCUCCGGAACCAUGCCAGAGCUCCUGGGUUUCUCAGCCAACAGGCGUAUCGUCACCGGCCUGCUGGUCAACCUCCUGUCCUCCAUUUGCAUCGUCUUCAUCAACAAAUGGAUCUACGUGCACUAUGGCUUCCCCAACAUGACUUUAACCCUUGUCCACUUUGUGGUCACCUGGUUGGGACUCUACAUCUGCCAGAAAAUGGACAUUUUCUCUCCAAAAAGCCUCCCGGUGCGCAGGAUUGUGUGGCUGGCGCUUAGUUUCUGUGGGUUCGUGGCCUUCACCAACCUUUCUCUGCAGAAUAACUCCAUAGGAACGUACCAGCUGGCUAAAUCUAUGACUACACCCGUCAUCAUCCUCAUCCAGACCACCUACUACAAGAAGACCUUCUCCACCAAAAUUAAACUGACGCUGGUUCCUAUAACGUUAGGAGUUAUUUUAAACUCCUACUAUGACGUGCGGUUCAACCUGCUGGGGACGGUGUUUGCUUCGCUGGGCGUUCUGGUGACUUCGCUUUACCAAGUGUGGGUGGGGGCGAAGCAACAUGAGCUCCAGGUGAACUCCAUGCAACUUCUCUACUACCAGGCUCCUCUGUCCUCUGGCUUCCUGCUCUGCAUCAUCCCCAUGUUUGAGCCACUGACUGGAGACGGAGGAAUAUUUGGACCAUGGUCUCUCCCUGCUCUGGUGACGGUGCUGUUCUCUGGCGUGGUGGCGUUCCUGGUCAACCUGUCCAUCUAUUGGAUCAUUGGAAACACAUCAGCUGUCACCUACAACAUGUUUGGUCAUUUUAAGUUCUGCAUCACUCUGAUUGGAGGAUACCUGCUCUUCCAUGACCCACUUUCACUCAACCAGGCAUUGGGAAUUCUCUGCACUCUGGCGGGAAUCUUGUCCUACACUCACUUCAAGCUGGUGGAACAGGAAGAGGGGAAGAGCCGUCUGGCUCAGAGACCGUAGACUGACUGACAUGCACAACUUUCUGCAUUCGACUGCAGGACAACAGACAUGUUGCCUCAGUUCUUUGCAGAGUUCCCUGCAGCUGUUUGCAGCAGGUUGAUGAACUAGAUGACCCUCGCUUUGGUUUAUCAGCAGCCAGCCAACAGAAGGCGAGCUUUUCUGACAGAGCAGAUUAUCAAG